AUGAAAAUACGAAGAAAUAAAUUGCAAAUUUUAAAAAAGUUGGCGUUAUACGCCACAAGGUCACCUGCACAGGUUAAAUUAGACCGCCUUUGGGGAUUCAAACCGGAAAAUCCUAAACGCAGGAAGACACGACACACAACAAGGGUAUCGGGCGAACAUAAACGUUUGAACGCCAAGGAGUAUGUAAAUAAGGUACUUGAGUCGUGCGAACCGGAAAACGAACCGGAGAAGCCAACCGUAAAGGAGCCGGAGGUUCAACAGCAGGGAAAACGUAGUUUGUGCACCCGCAAACCCUGGGAAACGGAUCCAGAGGUACAGAAACAAAAAAGAACGUUUAAAGAAGCAGUCAAUCAACUGCACAAACUAGUUUAUCCGCACUUGGAUCCCAUCGCAAAACGGCAAUACGAUAAUGCCAAACUGCAAGCACUAGGUGGGAAGAUUGCCAAAAAUAGGAAAAUGCCAUAUAAAGAAUUUGUGCAAAGAACAAAAGCUCUUAAACGGAACGUGGAAAAGAAUCAACAACUGGAAAAGGAGCUUGGGGUCAAGCUCUUUACCGAUACAAAAGGCGGAGCCAGGUUUGUCGACAUCCAAAAAAGGAAACGAAGGAAAGAGAUCAAACAAACCAGAUCACCGUUUCAGUUUGGUGACAAAAAUGGUGUUUAUCGCAUUAAAACGAGAACCUAG